AUGGGUCUUUCCCUGUUUAUUCUUCUUAUUUUGAUUUCUAGCACAGGUAUACUUAAUGGUGGCACAUCAUGCCCUAGGAAUCAGUUAGCAUUUGAUUCUUCAUGCUAUGAAUUCAUUAAUAAAUCAUGCAACUUCAGGAAGGCUGAGGAGUGGUGUGAGAAGAAGGGUGGGCAUCUUGUUUUCAUACAGAAUGAUGAAACGCAACAGUUUCUGCAGACACAUCUAUCGGAGAACCAUGAAUGGUGGAUUGGCUUAGCACCCCCAGUGAAGAAUCUAGGAAGAGGGUUUUUGUCUUGGCUCGAUACAUCUGAUGUAAGUUACAGCAACUGGUAUACAGAUCAGCCUUCAUCACCCACAGCUCAAUGUGGAUAUAUACUGAAGAAUUCCAAAUUCAUGUGGGGUGCCACAGAUGACUGCAACCAAGAGUAUUUCUUUAUCUGCCAGCAUGAACUUGGCCAUGCCAUUGCUUGUGAUCAUUUUAAUAGCACACUUCACUGUGGACCAGGAGAGGUUAUAGAGAUUGACGACAGCUUUUAUGGAAGGAAAUCCCCUCAUUUUUGCUCCUUGGAGAAUGCCACUGAUAUCAAACUCGCUGAAGAAUGUAGCUGGAUUCCUGUCAAGGAUGAAAUAUCAGGGCUUUGCCAGAAACUUCAAGAGUGCCAGGUCACAUCAGAUGGUAUGUCCUUUGGAAAUCCUUGUCCAAGUCUGGGAAAUUACCUGGCUGUUGACUAUCACUGUAAAGAAGGUUUACAGAUAUCUGUUGAGGACAUUGUUUCAACCUUCGAGAACGUGACUAUUUCUCUUAAGUGGCUGAUUCAGUCUCCUACAGGAAAUUUAUCUUGUAUUAUUAAUACUGGAGACAGACCAGAAGUGGAAUCGUAUUCACCGAAAAGAGAUGGAGCCACUGGCAGAAAGCGGGUGUCCCGAGAUGUAAGAAGUACCUUUUAUACAACUGCAAAUCUUCCCUGUUCAAUUACCAGUGUGGAAACAAUAUUGCAUUUUACUACAAUGAUUUCCUCCAGCAGUGUUGUACACAGAUACCUGUCUCCUGGACUUCUCACUAUCACUGCUGAAUGCACAUCAGCUGAAUUGAAUAUAACAGCCAAAAAAGCUAUUACAGUGCAAGCACCCAUCAGUGACUGGGGACCCAUCAGAUGCAUCAAAAAGGACAAAUUGGAGGAGGGUUCUAAUUGCACCAUUCCUCUUGGAGAGACAUUUAAUAUUCAGGUUGAAGUUAAAGAAGGUACAAAUAUAACAUACACUGUGAUUGCUGGAAACAUCACAUUGGCUAAAGCUACAUCAGGCACAGGAACCAGCCCUUGUAAUAUAACAAUAGAUCAUGCAUCCCAGAAACUUAUUGGGCCAGGAAUUCACCAGCUGGAUAUUACUGCAGAUAACAAUGUGACAGCAUCGGAGAUUCUUCAGAAAAUGAUAAUUAAUUUACUUGAACCAGUGUCUGACUUUCAUGUCGGAUUAAAAGCAAUCAUUUUGGAGAAGGGUGAGACCCUUCAGAUGAAUGUCUCAGUAGCCCAUGGUGCUCCAUUGACAUUGAUAUUUGAAUUUAUUGGAAUAAAUGACACUAUUUCUGAAACAAGGAAGUAUCUUGGUAGUGAACCUACAGUAUACUAUAUUCCUGUCAAGCUGGAAGGUUCAUAUUUGGUUAAGGCAACUGCGGCAAAUGAUGUCUCUCGGAUUAGUCUAGAUGUUGGAAAUAUCACUGUAAGAGCUAAUGCUUCCGAGGAAAAUGCUUUUGAUAAAUGUGGAAUGGAAGUAAGGAAAGCAAUUAAGAAGAAUGAGACUGAAAUGGAGAGAUUGUAUUCUAAAAUUGAACACAUUAAUAAGGGUAUUAGUGACUUGUUUUUCACUAUAGAAGAAGAAAAAGCUAAAUAUUUUAAACUAUUGAAGAAUAUAGAAGUUAAGUGCACAGAUGUACAAAACAGGAAAUUUAGCAAAAUAGAGAGAGACCUUAAUGAAUACAAAACAAAAACUCAUUACCCAAAACCCAAAUAUAGGGGUAGAAGAAACAGUGGUGGUCAUGUUGACGAAAUUGGGGAAAGUAAAGGUAAUGAGGAUGUUUUUUACAUAGAUGAGAACCUGGAUACCACUGAAUUUCCCCCUUUAAGAAGGUCUGAAAGGCUUAGUAUUCCCCAUGACAUUGACCUAGAAUGGUUUGAGGAAAUGUUGGUUGGAUACCAAACACUAACACACGGUGAAUUUAGAACUGUAUUGGUACUUAUGGAGACGGUGCUGAAGAAUAAUUUCAUAUUCUUCGAGGGAGAAUAUUUUAAACAAGCCGCCACAGUUGACAAGACAAUAUGUAUCAGUCCAGGCGAGGAAGUAAAACCCUCUAGUAAUGUCAGACUUCAGUAUCCCAAAGAAGUGAACACUACUUACAAGUGGACAUGUGGAAUUUGUUGGACUGAGUGGGAAAUAUGUAUACAUCAGAAAAGGAUUGAAACAGACACAUAUGUAUUGUCGAUUCCCUCAUCAUGUUUGCCUGCACCAAAUUCUGCAGUGUCACUUAUCCUUACUGUUAAUCAAAGUGAGGUCUCAGAAAUCAAGGAACAGUGUCUAAAAGUGACAGCAGCGAAGAACCUCAAUGUACAGAUCAAAUGCAAAGAUGAUUGCAAAUCUGUGAAAUCCCAACAAAUGGCAGUUUUAACUGUUUCUUGUAAAAAGUGCAAUGACCAGUACAAGUGGUACUUGGUAAACAGUGCCACUGAACAGCCAUCUUCAUCAACAGGACCUUGUUUACAGAAGAAAAUUCAACAAAACGCACUGACACUGCUGAAGUCUGGAACGUCUACACUUAAACUUAACGAUACAGACCUGCAGCAGUACGGGCAAGUCUUUAAAGUCAGAGUAAUAGGAAUGACUGAAAACCAGUAUGGUCAAGAUGACUAUAUAAUUAAUACUUUGCCUCCACCAAGUCCUCCAUCUUGUUUGAUUUCACCUACUGAAGGAACAGUCUUUACCAGCUUCAGCAUCAACUGCUCAACCUCCACCACAAACGAGACCAUACAUCCUGCAAUUGCAGCAUAUACUUCACUCACCUAUUGUGUCUACAUCUCUUCAGAUAUUACACCAUACAUAUUAAUACGGUUUUAUAAGGAACUGAUUGAUUUAUUUAACAACCAGGGGCUGGAUUUACUUAGGCUUAUGUCUAAGCAUUACCAGUCGCAAAUCAGUUCUCUGGCAGGGGAAGUUAUGGAACUUGAAAAGGACAUCAAGUCGGACACGUUUUUUGGCCGUUACCAAUUUGAUUAUGAUCGCAUUUUUACCAGCAUAGCACAACAGCUGGAGAGGCUUAAGUCCACAAAGAUCAAGAAACUUCAAAGGGACUUAAAAGCCUAUGCUGAAGGGAAAGCUUUUCCUGAACCUCCAACCUCCCAGGUCACUGCAGAAAUAUAUAAUAAGCAUAACCAGAGACCAAGCAUGACUCCAGUUAUGUUGAUGGACAAGACCAGUGGGAGUCUGAAACUAGUACAUUUGGUGAACAACAAUAACACUCGUAGUGCUAACUUUAUAAAUACAAAUUCUGGUUUGGGGAAUGUGCAAGAUACUUUUGAUGAUAGAAAUGAGGACAAUUUUCAUAAUAACCAACCACAACAGUUUCAAAAAUCUUCCAGGGGGGAGGGGGAGAAAAUGGAACUCGAAUUCAAUGCAGUCCAGGAGGGUGUACAAUACACGCAGCAACAAGAGAUCUUAGGUUUAGAAGUGGACAACCCAGCAGUGAUGGAAGCAGUUCAUCAAUGUAGGGCAAUUGUAAAUAAAAAAGGUGAUUUAAAAGUGUUUAAUUACACUGAGUAUCCCAUUGAUAAACAACUAGUGGAACUUUUUGCAAAAGGAAUGACAUUUGUACCUAUGAACAAAAAUACACCAUUAGCGUGUGAGCAGCAGCCAACAAUUUCAUCUGUUUAUCUUCCGCUUGGAAAGAAGGAGCAGGACUAUAAUGUUACAGUCAGAAUUUCUGCCAGCAACAAAGUUGGUGAUGUUGUCUCCACAAAUGUAUAUGUCAAGGUCAGAAACAUGGCUUUGAAUGACAGCAAAUCUAUGCAAAAUGUCCUGAAGGAGAAAAGAAGUGAGCUGUUGGAUAGAGAAAGCUCAUCCUCCUUAAUGCAGUUAUAUAUGGCAGUGUCUUCUAUUCUUAAAGAAGAAACAGCUAUUGAACCAAACACCAAAAAACAGGUUAAGGAAGAAAUGCUGUCAGAUUUACCAGCAAUCAAUGUUAGUUCAAUACAAACUGCUCAGUCUGUAUCAACUGUUUUGGAAGAAAUUACCCAGAAUCCUGAUGAACUUUCACCUACAGCACAGCUGGAAGCCAGUAACACACUGAUAAGCUUAAGUGGAUCCCUACUUGCUCUGCAAACAGAAGAUGGUGAUGAUAACAUCCAAAGGAACACAGCUGCCACAUCCCUUUUCAGUGCAAUGAGCAAUGUACUGGAAGCUUCUGCUCAGCAUUCAGUACAAAGCAGUGAAAAAAAUGCAACAAAGCAAGUGCUGUUCACUGAUAAUUUAAUGAGUACAGUUACAAACCUGCAGAGUGUAUUCCUGUUAGAGAAGGAAUCGGGAGGAGAACCUACCAUACUUAAUGCACCAUCUCUCACAAUGUAUGUAAACAGGUUAGAGAGGGACCAGAUUGACAAAAGUCCCAUUAAUGUUACACACUCUAUGUCAGCCAGCUUCACGUUGCCUUCACUUUCUUCCAGUAACUUGUUAUAUGGUGUAGAAGAGAAUGAAACAGUUGAUGUACGGAUGGUGAGUUUUGCUGUAAACCCAUUUGCCUGGAGUACGACAGCAGAAAUCAAUGGAGCUGUGGGAGGGUUAGCCCUCACCAGAACUAACGGAUCACAUAUUCUUGUCAGUGAACUGAUGGAAGACAUUGAGAUAACACUUCCCCGUCUAAACAUGACACAAGUGAACAAAACUCAGCUGCGUUUGAGCAAUUCCAGUAGUGUUAUGGUGAAUGUUUCUUCAGAAAAUGAUUCCCUAGUGAUGCAGUUUGAUCCAGAGAAGGACAUACCACUAGCCGUCUACCUACAGUAUGGUUUUCAACCAAAUCAGACCCACUAUGACCAUAAAAUUCAGUUAACUGAAGAGCAGAUUACAGAAGAUGGACAAUACACAUGGGUCCUCAAUCCAGGAAAUCUUACUGGAGCGGGAACAUACUACUUGUUGGUAACAAUGAGCGAGGAAUCUAAUUCUGCAAGUUCUGCCAACAACACAGUAGAGAUCUCUUCAUUUGUGGCACAGUGUUUGUUCUGGAAUGAAACAAAUAGUAGCUGGAAUGGAAAUGGCUGCCGUGUUGGCCCAAAGACGACUGCUUCAAGUACACAGUGCCUCUGUAACCACCUAACGUUCUUUGCCAGUUCGUUCUUUGUGAUGCCCAAUGUCAUUGACGUCAGUAAGACUGUGGAAUUAUUUGCAACAUUUGUUAACAAUCCUGUAGUGGUCACUACUGUUGGAAGCAUCUUUCUGCUAUAUAUCCUUGUUGUUGUAUGGGCAAGAAGAAAAGAUAUUCAGUAUUCUUCCAAAGUUAAGUUAACAGUUCUUGAAGACAAUGACCCAUUUGACCAGUAUCGGUACGUGCUGACUGUUGUUACUGGGCAUCGCAGAGGGGCUGCUACCACAUCCAAGGUUACCAUCAUCCUAUAUGGUUCUGAAGGAGAGAGUGAACCUCAUCACCUGGCUGAUCCUGAGAAGCCUUUGUUUGAACGUGGAGCAUCUGAUGUAUUUCUGCUUACAACUCCAUUUUCUCUGGGAGAGCUACAAAGUAUCAGGCUAUGGCAUGAUAAUUCAGGAAGUAACCCAUCCUGGUACAUAAACAGAGUUAUGGUGCAUGAUCUGGACAUGGAUAAGAAGUGGUACUUCCUUUGUAAUUCAUGGCUCUCUAUAGAUGUGGGAGAAUGUAUCCUGGACAAAGUAUUCCAAGUAGCAACUGAGGAAGAUUUAAAGACAUUCAGCAACCUGUUUUUCAUGAAGACAGCAAAAGACUUCCGAGAUGGCCAUAUCUGGUAUUCGGUUAUCAAUCGACCUGCUAUAAGCUCCUUCACAACAGUCCAGAGGGUGUCAUGCUGCUUCUCACUGCUUCUGUGUACCAUGCUGACCAGCAUUAUGUUCUACGGUGUGCCUAAGGACCCUGCUGAGCAGAAAAUGGAUCUGGGUACAAUUGAAAUUACUUGGCAAGAAGUAAUGAUAGGAUUUGAAAGUUCUCUCUUAGUCUUUCCAGUCAACCUCCUCAUUGUCCAGCUUUUUAGGCACAUUCGUCCUCGGCAAAGCAAAGAGCAGAAGGAAAGGAAACAGGGUAAACAUGGCCGUAUAUCCCCAAAUCUACCUACACCACAAACUCCUCCAUUUGAAACCAUUCAUAUUUCUUCUCUUACACCAGAAGCAGUUAUAAAGGAUAUCAGGAGAAUUGCCAACUCACUGUCUAAACUUUUGAAAACUCCACUGCCUGCUGCAGAAAAAGAGUUUGGAAAAACAACAGACAUCAACAAGCUUCUGGCUUUGGUAGAGGAGAUCAUAUGUCAGCAAAACAGAGCUGGGCAAGAGUUUUACGAUAAGAGUAAAAAGAGAGAAGACACUUUAAUUCUUACCAUGGGCUCUACUGACCUGAGAGAAAACCUGAGAAGUCCAUCUCCAGACAAGGGUGUGAAACGUAAUGAUUAUGGCCCAUACCUAUACACACGGCUGCAACAUGUUGAGAAGGAACUAGACCUGCUUGGACCUGAGAAAUUCCAGAAUCGCCAGAGCUACCUGCAGGCUGUUCAACAAGUACAGCAUAUGAAGGACAUCCUGGAAAACCAGCUCUAUUCUGAUCCCGCUGCAGAUGAACUCUGCUCACCACCUCCAAGUCUGCCUGAAGAAACUAAAAAGAAUCGAUGUUCUGGAGGCCUGCCCUGGUGGUUUGUCUUUUUUGGGUGGAUGCUACUAGCAGCCACCAGUGGAGUAUCUGCUUUCUUCACUAUGUUGUAUGGUUUACACUAUGGCAAAGAUCGAUCCAUCAAGUGGCUAAUUUCAAUGGCUAUUUCGUUCUUUGAAAGUCUUCUUGUAACACAGCCUUUGAAGGUCUUAGGGCUUGCUGCUUUCUUUGCUUUGGUUUUAAAGAAAGUAGAGCUGGAAGAUGAAGAGCCACUGAGUAUUAAUGGAUCAAUUUCUAACCAAGGUGCCCCUAAUCUUCGAAUGGGAACUCGUAGAGACAGCAACAGCAAUAUUUAUCAGCCCCCUCCUCCAACUGACAUUGAACGAAUGAAGCAACAUCGCAUUAAAGAACAGAAAGUUUUUGCUCUAAUCAGAGAAAUAGUAGCCUACCUGGGAUUCUUAUGGAUGCUGCUUCUAGUUGCUUAUGGACAGCGUGAUCCUAAUUCAUAUUACCUUAAUAAUCACAUUCAAAGCAGCUUCACAAAUGGAUUCGCAGAUGUACUUAGCUACCAAGGAUUCUUUACCUGGGCAAAUACCACAUUGAUCAACAAGUUGUAUGGGCCUUACCCAGGUUUUAUUACUGAUGGUAAUUCCAAGCUGGUUGGCAGUGCUCGCAUUCGACAAAUACGAGUUAAAAAGGAUGCCUGCUCGAUCCCUAAACUUCUGCGAAGUGACAUCAGAGAAUGUCACACUCCGUAUUCACUGGAAGAUGAAGAUAUGUCUGACUACGGGGUGCAUUGGAAUGUGACUGUUCCUAGCAAUUCUUCAUUUUUGAGUAAUGUAUGGCACUAUCAGAGUCAGUCCAUGCUAAGAGGACACCCAUUCUGGGGCCAACUUGACAUGUAUCGAGGAGGGGGCUAUGUGGCCAGUUUGGGAACAGACGCACAAAAUGCUACAAGGGUUCUACAGUACAUUUUUGAUAAUGUCUGGCUUGAUACUUACACCAGAGCCAUCUUUAUUGAAUUCACCGUGUACAAUGCUAAUGUAAAUCUCUUCUGCAUUGUAACACUAAUACUGGAGACAAAUGGAAUAGGUGCAUUUGUAACAAGCAGUGAACUGAAGAUUGUGCGGCUUUAUCCAUACACCGAUGGGCUACAUAUAUUUGUUAUCGCAGCUGAAGUUAUUUAUUUCCUUUUCGUCAUUUACUACAUGGUUGUACAGGGAAAGCUGAUGAAAGAACAGAGAUGGGGUUAUUUCAAGAGCAAAUGGAAUCUGUUGGAGUUGGCCAUAAUUCUGAUAAGCUGGAGUGCACUCUCAGUGUACAUACAAAGAACAAUUCUAGGAACAAGAGAUCUCACGUACUACGAAGAUCACAGAGACGAGUUUGUAAGUUUCUAUGAUACAGCAACUGCUGACACCGCCCUUGGGUAUCUAAUUGCCUUUCUGGUGCUUCUGGCCACUGUUAAACUUUGGCAUUUAAUGAGACUGAACCCCAAAUUAAACAUGAUCACUUCCACGUUGAAGAGAGCAUGGGAUGAUAUAUCUGGAUUUAUUGUUGUCAUAUUCAUCAUGUUCCUUGCCUACUCAAUAGCAACAAAUCUAAUGUUUGGCUGGACGUUAUCUUCCUACAAGACUGUAUUUGAUGCAGCAAUAACUAUGGUGAGCCUACAGCUUGGAAUAUUCAAUUAUCAAGAGGUUCUGGACUACAACCCAGUUCUCGCUUCUUUCCUGAUUGGCACCUGCAUUAUUUUCAUGACCUUUGUGGUUCUAAACCUUUUCAUUUCUGUUAUACUUGUGGCCUUCAGUGAAGAGCAGAUUAAUUACAAGAUUCCGUUCAAGGAAGAAGAAAAGAAGAGAGGCGAGCACCUUCGGCAGUAGGUAGUGAGAGGGACAUGAAGGACACAGACAGUACGGAGGGCAGUAUUAAGUCGAGAAAAAUGAGGGAUGAGUGAAAAAAGGACAAAUGGUUGAUAGUAUGUGGAUAUGUGACAUUUAUAAAAGUCUGGAGGUACUGUAGAAUAGCUAAUUCCAUUAAUUAGCAUAUUAAAUGGAGUUUAUGCUGCCUAAGAAAAUCAAUAGCGGAUGGCAAUGCAUAGAGAA